AUGGCUGUGGAGAUUGCUAAUCAGGUUAGUGCGGAGGUGGGAACUAAGCGUGAGACGCUGACUAUAGCAGACAUAUUCUCUUACAUGACUCAGAAAUCUGCAAAGUGCACGGCCACGAUUGAUGAUGUUGUGCAUGGCUCUGCUUGGUACUAUAUUGCAUGCAGUGCUUGCCAUAGUAAGGCUACCAAGGGAGCAACUUCGUUGAUUUGUACGAACACAAGAUGUGGGAAGGUCAACACAACUGGUGUUGCACAUGAACAAGCAUUUUUUGUCCUACUUGGUGAUGCUGGUCGUGAGUUGACUGGGAGGCACGCAUCCGAGUUGGUUAACAGCUACUUUGAGGCUAAUAAAAACGAAGGACCUGACCAUGAGGUGCCUCUGAUCAACACCAUCGGACAUACACAUAAGUUUUGUGUCAAAGUUACAGAGCACAACUUCUCAGGCAAUACCAGAGCUAUAACUGUCACCAAGAUCCUUUCUCUAGAUACACCACCGCCCACAGAAGCCUCGGUUGGAAACAACAUUGCUGCAACGUCCGAGGAAACAAUGCAGACUGGAAAUGAAGUGUUUGAACCUUCUAAAAGUCGUCGAGAUUCUGCAAAUGAGGAGAGUAACAGGACCUCUGCAAGUGCUGAUCCAGAGAAAUCUAAGCGCCCAAGAUGUGAGAAGUAG